CUGGACAGACUGUCUGGAAGUUACUCAAAGUUAUGCAGUUCCUGCUGAACUUUUUAAAAUGGUUGCUGUGUUAUGCUGUGUGUGGCUAAGACCUCUUACCAAGAAAACAUUUGCUUUGACCCUUGUGGACAGUCAGGCCGUAGAAACCCUAAGGAGUGCGACAGCGGCAAUGAAACAACCCAACAGAGAGAGGAAGCUGAGCCUGGAUUCCAAAGAGCAUUGGAAUCAGGAUGGUUGCUUGGAGCAAGCUGAAGAAGAAAAGACCAGGGAUGGUGCAACCUCUUUUAGUCACACUCCUCCAGCAGCUGCACAGGAGAUGUGGUCUUGGGAGCAGUACCUGAAAGAACAGAAGUGUGCAGCAGCACCGCUUAGACUCUUUAUAAAGGACCAGUCCUUUUCGGAGCAUGAAAAUGGUUUUCAGGUUGGAAUGAAAUUAGAAGGCAUUGACCCUUGACAUCCAUCUGUAUUUUGUAUACUUUCUAUUGCUCAGGUGUGUGGUUACCAUCUGAGACUUCAUUUUGAUGGUUAUUUAAGCUGCUAUGAUUUUUGGACCAAUGCUGGUUCCCCUGAUAUUCAUCCAGUAGGGUGGUGUGAAAAGACCGAACAUAAAUUGCACAUCCCUAAAGGAUAUAGAAAAGAUAAGUUUGUUUGGAUGGAUUACUUGAAGGCCUGCAAAUUGCAAAAUGCUCCCAAGAAAUUAUUCAGAAACAGAAGAAGUUCUAAUGGGCCAAUGGCUAAAGGGUUUCAGGUUGGAAUGAAGCUGGAGGCCGUGGACAGGAAGAACCCUUCCUUGGUGUGUGUGGCGACCAUAGCAGAUGUUGAUGAUCGCUUACUAGUGCAUUUUGACAAUUGGGAUGAGAGCUACGAUUACUGGUGUGAUGGAAAUAGUCCUUAUGUCCAGCCAGCUGGUUGUUGUCAGGAGAAUGGAAGAACUCUGGUAACACCCCAAGGCUCUCCCUCUCCUGCGGAAUUUUCUUUUAUUAAUAUCUUACAGGUUACUCAAACUUAGGCGGUUCCUGCUGAACUUUUUUAAAUGAGGUUGCCUCAUGGUUUUCUGCCGAAUAUGAAACUUGAAGUUGUUGGUAAAUGAAACCCCAGGUUAAUUCGUGUUGCUACUAUUAAAGAUGCUGAUGACCAAAGAAUAAAGAUUCAUUUUGAUGGCUGGGACCACAAAUAUGACUACUGGAUGGAUGUAGACAGCCCUGAUCACCCAACUGGGUGGUGUGAUGUGACAGGGCAUCCACUGGAAGUGCCAUAUCAAGCAAAUGAUGUGAAAAUCCUUCCAGGUCAAGCUGUUUGUCCUACUCCAGGGUGCCGAGGAGUAGGCCAUAUCCGUGGUCCAGAGUAUUCAGGACAUCACAGUGCUUUUGGCUGCCCGUAUUCGGACAUGAACUUGAAAAAGGAGGCAACUCUUCAUGAUCGUCUGAGAAAACAAACCCAGGCAAACUCGGAGUCAGAUUUUUCACAUUCAAAAUCAAAAAACCUCUGCAGUUUGAACUUCAAAGGAAAACAUGACAAGGUGAACAGUCAGCCCAGACUUGUACAGCAGGCAAAGUGUUUGAAAAUCAAAGGAAAGGAAGAUGUUGACUUGGAUAAUCUCUUCAGAGAGCAUUUGUCCCAGAAGAAGUAGCAGGGACUGCGCCAGUUGGUCUUCCCAUCAGCCAUGUCAGCGCACCCUUUCUGGGACCUUCCCCUGGGCAAGGAGCAGCACCGCAAGCUGCUUCCAGGCAUAGCUGACAUUCAGGCCGGUGAGGUGGCCCGGUGGACAGCAGAUGAGGUGGCUGAGUUUGUACGGUCGCUGCUGGGCUGUGAAGAGCACGCCAAGAGCUUCAAGAAAGAGCAGAUUGAUGGCAAAGCCUUCCUGCUUCUGACCCAGACAGACAUCAUCAAGGUGAUGAAGAUCAAACUGGGUCCAACCCUGAAGAUUUAUAAUUCUAUCCUCAUUUUCAGGAAUUUCCCGGACCUCACUGAAGAAGAUACUGCUUCAAGCCAAGAAUCCAGGGGUUAA